CAGACAUCAGCAUUUGCACCAAUGUAUUAUUAGGAAAUAUCUCCAGAUCAUAUAUCCAGACCAUAUUCUUGACUACAUACAAGCACCACCAAUUGUUCAAUUGAUAUACAACUUAAGGUCCCUCAGCCCGACGAUAUCCACCACUACCAUUACAUCAUAGCCAUCAACACAAACGCAACAAGAUGAGCCAGAAAAUCGGCGUCUUCCCAGCCUCCGGAGGCCUAGGAACAAGCAUCAUCAACCACCUCGUCAAGCUCGUCCCCGCCUCACAACUCAUCCUCGUCGCCCGCAACCCCGAAAAGCUAGCUUCGCUCUCCCGCGAGGGCGCAACAAUCCGCCGAGCAGACUACGAUGACCGCGCAACACUCGAGCGCGUCUUCGACAACGUCGGCGUCCUGAUGCUAAUCUCCUACGCCUCCUUUGAGAUUCAACACCGAGUAGAGUACCUCGCGGAACUCCCUGGCCAUUUCACCUACACCGCCAUCCGCGAGGGCCUCUACUCCGAGUCUUUCCCGAUCUACACGGCGUGGUUCGACCCGCACAAUCCCGUCGAGGAGAUCACGAUCCCGCACCCGGGGACAGGGCCGGGGGUGGCAUGGGCGAAACGCGACGAGCUGGGCGAGGCCACCGCGAAGAUGGUCUAUGCGUAUGCGAAGAACCCGUCCGGCUUCCCGUAUCUGAAUCGGGUGGUGCUGCUUUCGGGGCCGAGGGAGGUGAGUCUGGCCGAGACGGCGGAGGUUCUGGGGCGGGCGGUUGGGAAGCCUGUGCGGAUCCGGGAGAUCACGGUGGAUGAGUAUGUGGCGCUGCCGCAGAUUGGGGAUAAGCAUACGUACCACGGGGUGAAUCUGUCGAGGGAGUGGGCGACGGCUUGGGAGGCGAUCCGGGCGGGGAGACGGCGGUUGUGUCGCCUGUUCUGGGGGAGAUUCUGGGGAGGGAGCCGGAGGACUUUGAGACUACGAUUCAGGGGUUAGUUAGGGGGUAGACAGUGACCUGCAAGGAUCGGUAGAUUCCCUGCUAUUUGGCCUUUCUUCAGGGAUCUGGUUUCCGAGCGGUUCUGCGCUGGUUAAUAUCAUAUCACCUGAUACUUCAUCCUCGUUAAUAGGGCUAGAAGAGGUAAAACACCAGAAAUUCAUCGCAUGGCAGCCG